AUGGCGUCCGCACUUGUGGUGGAGGCAAAAUUAGUUCCCAUUAACAGCAUAAUGGCUGUUACUCAUGUCAUCUUCGAUUUCGAUGGACUUCUCGUCGAUACGGAAGCGUGCUACACCAUCGCUAAUCAAACAAUUUUUCGGAAGUUUGGUCGCGAAUUUACAGCAGAACAUAAUGCAAUGAUUAUGGGAAUGAAAGAAGUGGAUGCAUUCCCUAUGCUUCUAAAAGCGGUUGGCCUGGACGAUAAAAUAACUGUGGAAGAGUACAUUGCACAGUAUGACUCUAUUUUGUCGGAUAUGUUUCUUAAGUGUAAGGCGAUGCCAGGUGCAGAGAAACUUGUGCGACAUUUCUCUAAGAAAGGUGUGCCAACAGCAAUGUGUUCGGGAUCUCGUGGUAAAACUUUCGGACCUCGGCGAGAACCGCAUAAAGAAUGGCUCGAUCUGAUAACACUUAAGGUAUUUUGUGGCGAUGAACCGGAAAUUAAGAGAGGUAAACCACACCCUGAUCCGUUUUUGGCUACAAUGAAUAGAUUCGCAGUGAAACCAAGCGAUCCAUCGAAAGUUUUGGUUUUCGAGGAUGCCCUAAAUGGAGGACGAGCGGCGAAAGCUGCUGGCAUGAAGUGUGUUAUGGUCCCCCAUCAACGAUUCCGCCAAGAAGCAUUGAGUAUCGGUGUUACACAAGUACUACACAGUCUAGAAGAAUUUCGGCCAGAAGAAUAUGGACUUCCUCCUUUCGAUUAA